AUGUAUCGGCGCUACCCCAAAGCCGACGCCUUGUAUUGGAAAGACAAACGACCGGACAUUGCCAAGAUUAACAUUCCCACCUAUAUCACCGCGUCCUACACAAGCUUUGUACACACCAUGGGCUCAUUGCGGGGUUGGUUGCAGGUGCAAUCGUCACAGAAAUGGCUUCGCCUGUGCCCAUGGCAGGAAUGGUACGACAUUUGGAAUUGCAAGGACUCUGCCGAUGACCUUGCAAGGUUCUUCGACCGUUACCUAAACGGUGCAGACAAUGACUGGGAGAAGACUCCAAAGGUCCGGACCACCAUCCUACGAUUUAACCAAGAGCCACUGUAUAAUAUUGCCGAAGAGGAUUACCCCAUCCCACGCACCGACUACCGGAAAAUGUAUUUCCACCCUGGUGGGCGUCUGAGCGUCGACAUACCGGAGGCAGAAGCAUCAGUCUCUUAUAAUUCGGAAAAGUACUUGGACUGCGCCAGCUUCACGCACACAUUCGAUACCCGGACACGAUUAGCAGGUGUUCCAAAAGCAGUCGUGUACAUGUCAUGCCCCGACUUCCAUGACAUGGAUGUGUACGUGCUUGUGCGCAAGCUGGAUGCCAAUGGGAAAGCUCUGUUGAACCUCAACAUUCCCUGGUCAUCGAUUGCACACCACGGGGUCAGUCAAGAUAACAUCGACGACAUACCUGCUCAAAAUAAGAAUAAUUUGAUGUUUCAUGUUGGAUCAUUAGGUAUCCUUCGUGCGUCGCGCCGAGCCAUUGACAGCUCCCGGUCCUUGCUCGAGAAUUACCCCUUCCAUCCACAUGACCGUGAUGAAUAUAUCACACCGGGUGAUAUAGUAAAGUUGGAGAUCGGCAUAUGGGCUAUGGGUGUGGAGUACGAGGCUGGCGAAAGUAUACAGGUGCAGGUACAUGGGAAUAGCCCGCUGUUGCGCGGUGAGUUCAAGGAAGACAACGAGUUCCAAGAGCUUGCAUCGCAUGGGACUCACACCCUUCAUCUUGGCCCCGACUACCCUUCGUGUAUUAUUUUACCUUUUGUUUAA